AUGCUGGAGAUCAUGCAAGUGGCCAUCUACCCUACCAACAAUGCUGCAAUAGUACAGAAGCUUGCUGAUUUACUUCAAUUCGAUUUGGAUCAAGUUUCAUCAGUGUUGAUGAAGAAUCCAUUUCCAUGUCCAUGUUCUUUUCGAACAGCUUUGUUACAUUAUGUCGAUAUCACUAGCCCUUCUCGAACUCACGUUUUAAAGGAAAUUGCUAGGUAUGCUUCUGUCAAGAAUGAGAUCGAUACUCUGCUUCAGAUGGGAUUUGGAUCAGAAGAAGGAAAGAGUGAGUACAAUGAGUGGGUUAUUAAGGACCAUCGCAGUAUUGUUGAAGUGCUGGAAAGCAUGCCUUCUGUUCGUCCUCCGAUUGAUCAUGUACUGGAACUGCUUCCUCGGUUACAAGCUCGUUGCUUCUCAAUAUCUUCAUCUCCAAAGAUGUAUCCAGAAACCAUUCACGUAACUACAGCGUUAGUGGACUACAAGACAAGGAUUGGGCGGUGUGUUGAAGACGUAGCAACAUCAUGGCUUGCCAUAAAACGACUCAGUGGUAAGAAAUUUUUGUACAGAGCCAUUAAUCCGGUCAUUAUGAUUGGCCUUGGCACGGGAUUAGCUUCGUUUCGUGGAUGUAUACAAGAUCGAAGUGUUCUUGUGAAGAAAGGUCAAAAGAUGGGAGACACAUUGCUGUUUUGGAUGCCGAAGAAAAUCAGAGGACUAUCUGUAUAUAAGAAGAACUCAACAGUUAUCUGGAGGAGGGAACAUUGA